AGUUUAUCCGGUUCAUCCGCUCUGGGCGACCACGCGGGGUUUCUGGGGGGAGCCGUCACCGCUUGUCGCGUUGUCCAGCCGGCUGCAGCCAUCAGACGGAGCGGCACCAAGUUUUCAAGUCGAGUUGGUUGAGUUGCUCGCGUAGCGGUGGUAGCGGCGACGGCAGUGACGGCAAAGCGAGUGGGCGCCAGAGCGCAGGCGCGUAGGCGCCCCAAGCAAGGCCGGCCGCCAUACGUCUAGCGGAGUGCCAUCGCGGCGUGGCACCCAAUCAGAGACGGGCUUUCAACCGUGUACUCAAGGGCGUACCCACUGCAGCGGUUGCGGCGGAAUGCACGGGGCCCACAAAAUCAUAUUCCCCAAGACGGUGCCUAACAUCAAAAUGAUCCCGUACGCCGCCGCCCUGGCGUUUCUGCUCGUCUACGUCUCGUCCGACAGCGUGGAAGCCUACGUUGAAUCUGUGGCCGGCAGCGUGGACCCUGACCUGGGCCACUUCCAGCCCAUGGUGGCCCUCCUGUGCGGCCACGGCCGCAUCAACAACCAGUACCUGGCCGAGGGCCAGCGCUGGGUCUCGGAUCCAGACCCCAAGGCAGUCUGCAGCAAGGACAAGCUCAGCAUCCUCGAGUACUGCCGCAAGGUGUACCCAAAACGGGACAUCCGCAACAUUGUGGAGUCUAGUCGCUACUACCACGUGGACGGUUGGUGCAAGGUGGGGCAGCGAGGCCGCAGCUGCCGUGGCAGCCACUGGGUGAAGCCGUACAGGUGCCUGGAAGGGGACUUCCAGAGCGACGCCCUGCUGGUGCCCGAGCACUGCCUCUUCGACCACAUCCACAACCAGAGCGUGUGCCAGAGCUUUGACGACUGGAACCAGACGGCGGCCCACAGCUGCCAGGGACGCUCCAUGCGCCUGCGCAGCUUCGCCAUGCUCCUCCCCUGCGGAGUGGAUAUCUUCUCCGGGGUGGAGUUUGUCUGCUGCCCCACGGAAGGCAAGAGCAGCAAGGAGGAGGGAAAAGGGACGUCGAGCGAGGAGGACGAGGACUACGACGACUACAGCAGCGUGGAGGAGGAGGAGGAGACGACCAGCACGACUCCAAGCACCACCACGAGCACCACGCCAGGCACCACGACAGAGCGGCCAGUGGACCACUACUUCAGUCAUUUCGACAGCAAGCACGAGCACGACUCUUUCAAGGAGGCCCAGAGGAAUCUCGAGGAAGGACACAGAGAGAAGGUCACCAAGGUAAUGAAGGAGUGGAGUGAACUGGAAGAGCACUACCAGACAAUGAAGCACAAGGACCCCAAGGGAGCAGAGGACUUCCGCAAGAAGAUGAGUGCGCGUUUCCAGAAGACUGUGGAGGCCCUGGAGGAAGAGGGAGCAGCGGAGAAGCGUCAGCUGGCAGCCAUGCAUCAGCAGCGGGUGUUGACCAUCAUCAACAUGCGCAAGAAGUCGGCCAUGGACUGCUACACUGCUGCACUCUACCAGGUGCCCCCCAAGACCAAGAAGAUUGAGAAGUGCCUGGAGAAGCUGCUGCGCGCCCUGGAGAAGGACCGCACACACGCCGUGCACCACUACCGCCACGGAGGGGGCGGGGGCAGCCCUUCGCAGCGCAGCGCCCUCCUGCAGCACCUGGCCAACGUGGACCGGGUGGCCAACCAGAGCCUGGCUCUUCUGGACCGGGCCCCAUCGGUGGCCGACAAGGUGCGGCCCCGCAUGGCGGCCCUCUGGCACAGCCUGAGGGGCAGGCCCUCGGACAACGAGCAGCUCCUGCGGCAGGCUGACCUGCACAGGCACACACCCCCGCAGCCGGCACCAGAACAUCGUCAGCCACAGCCUCAGCCACAACCGCAGCCGGAGGAAGGUCCCGGGGACUCCGAGUCGGUGGAAGACGAGAGCCUGCAGCCCAGUGGGGACAGUCCCAGCAGCCCGAGCAGCAGCAGCAGCAGCAGCAGUAGCAGCCCCUUGCCCCAGCAGGGGGCACAGCUCCUCGUGCACCCUACCCCCAGGGUGGCCCAUGCUCAGGGACAACUGCUGCACCACAGUGAAGGAAGCUAUAACACGAUGCGCAAGGAGGGCUUGCAGAAGUUCAAGUGGAACGGGAGCGUCUACAUCACGCUGGCCUUUGCCGGAGUGGCGCUCCUGACAGCGCUGCUCGUCGGAGCGGUGCUGCUCCGCCGCCAGGCGCAGCGCUCCCCCCAGGCGCAGGGCUUCGUUCAGGUCGACCAGGGGGCCCUCCCCGCAAGCCCCGAGGAGCGCCACCUGGCAAGCAUGCAGGUCAAUGGAUAUGAGAACCCCACCUACAAGUACUUCGAGGCCAACACCAACUGAGCGGCCACGCCCCCAGGGGAGGGGGAAAAGGGGGCGGACGGACGUAUUGUGCCUGCUGCGGGCUGCGGGAUUAGCUCGUCCCGCGUUGUUCCGGGAGCCAGUUGGUUUGCCUCGCGUCUUAGGAGUAGGCACGGCCUCCCUUCUGCACCCGGUCAAGGACCAUGGUUGUUGGGGACACGAGCGGCGUGGGGCGCAGCCAGCCUGAGCUUUGGGUCCCGGUACCACGGCAAACCGUUUGUUCCCACCCGCGGAAUGAAAAUUUCGUUUGCCUCAGUUUCUUUCGAACAGAGCGUCGGCGCCGCCUCCGACAGCCCCGAGUGCACUCUGUCUAUUGCGAAAGACCAAUGGAGUAGUUGACACUCGGGUCGCAGCUCGAACAAGCUCCCGUAAAACGCUACUUAACCGGGGCCGGCGACCGAGCGUAGAGCUUGCUGUGCGUAGUUGUGGAUAAAACUUUUUUUUUUUUUGUGUGUGUGCUUGGUCACAGACAAUGGGCAGCUUCCGACGUUAGCCACGCGCCACACGCUCGCAUUUGUUUUCUUCUUCUCACGGUUGUCAUACUUAGUUUCCAUUGGCGGGUUAACAUUCCAGUCCGGGCGGGCGCCCCCGUUCAGGCGCGUCCUGAUCAAAAUUGAGCAUUUGGUUGUGCGUGCAUUUAUUGGCCGCAGCGGGGGUUCCCGGGUGCACUGGUGUCGUGACACGCAUGUCGUGACUUUCCCCUCCGACGGUUGUCCUUGCUCAUGGCUCGUUCACACCUCUAGUGCUGGUAGUCUCUGUUGCUUAGGUUUGUAGGAGCACACUACAGCAGAGGGUGUCACAAAGUUUUCUAAGCUGUAUAUACAUGAGGAAAACAUUGCGUUGCACACACGCGAGUUUCGGCCUGUUUUUAGUUGGGACAGUGAACGUUUUUUGUACAGGUUAUUAUGUAGUGCCUACAUUUGUAUGUGCCAGCUGCAUGUGUUUUCCUGCAUGUGGGGAAGCCUCCGUGCUGCCCCGAGCUGUGUGCGGCCCCUCCUGAGUUUCCAUGUGCCAUGUGCCCAGCCUAGGGUGAACUGGGGGUGCAGAUGCCCUUGCGCACGGUGUGCCCCGGCGAGCAUUGUGUGUCCGUAGGCCAUCGACGCUAUUCAUGCGAAAUUAAUGUGGUCACAGCUGUCAUUGUCUCAGUGAACAUAUCAUAUGUCCAAAUUUGUCUCCCCUGUCAGUGUGUGCUUCUCUCGGUUCUACACUUGCCUGCAUUUUUGUUAGUUUGCCGGACUGUCCUUUUCGGUCCCAGGUCGACAGCAGCUAUAACAACAAUUCCGUAUUUUCCAGUAUCGGGUCACACCAGUGUAACCUAUUGUGCAUGUAGUGUAACUUGAGUGGAAAAGCUAAAAUAAAAAUUUGCAAGAGUCUCA